ACGUGGCCGCGGCGCGGGUCACGAGAACAAACACUCGGCCGCCGCGCUUCCCGGGCCGGUUCGGCCGCUGCUGGCCAUGGCCAACGUGUCCAAGAAGGUGUCGUGGUCCGGCCGCGACCUGGACGACGACGAGGCGGCGCCCCUGCUGCGGAGGACGGCGCGGCCCGGGGCGCCAGCCGGCGAGGGCACGCCGCUGCUGAACGGGGCCGGGCCCGCGGCCGCCCGUCAGUCACCACGCUCAGCGUUUUUCCGGAUCGGACAGAUGAGCAACGUGGAUCUGGAUGACGAGCUGCUCGACCCCGACUUGGAACCCCCUCACCCUUUCCCCAAGGAGAUCCCGCACAACGAGAAGCUCCUGUCCCUCAAGUACGAGAGCUUGGACUAUGACAACAGCGAGAACCAGCUCUUCCUGGAGGAGGAGCGGCGGAUCAACCACACGGCCUUCCGAACGGUGGAGAUGAAGCGCUGGGUCAUCUGUGCCAUGAUCGGGAUCCUCACGGGCCUCGUGGCUUGCUUCAUCGACAUUGUGGUGGAGAACGUGGCUGGCCUGAAGUACAAGGUCGUCAAGGACAACAUCGACAAGUUCACGGAGCGGGGCGGGCUGUCCUUCUCCCUUCUGCUGUGGGCCACCCUCAAUUCCGCAUUCGUGCUCGUCGGCUCCGCCAUCGUCGCGUUUGUGGAGCCGGUCGCUGCCGGCAGCGGGAUCCCCCAGAUCAAGUGCUUCCUCAACGGGGUGAAGAUCCCGCAUGUGGUCCGGCUCAAGACCCUCGUGAUCAAAGUGUCUGGAGUGAUCCUGUCUGUGGUGGGCGGACUGGCAGUGGGAAAGGAGGGGCCGAUGAUUCACUCCGGCUCUGUGAUCGCCGCCGGGAUUUCCCAAGGGAGGUCAACGUCGCUGAAGCGAGAUUUCAAGAUCUUCGAGUACUUCCGCAGAGACACGGAGAAGCGGGACUUCGUCUCAGCGGGAGCUGCGGCCGGAGUGUCCGCUGCAUUUGGAGCCCCUGUGGGUGGGGUGCUGUUCAGCUUGGAGGAGGGCGCCUCCUUCUGGAACCAGUUCCUGACGUGGAGAAUAUUCUUUGCUUCCAUGAUUUCCACGUUCACCCUCAAUUUUGUCCUGAGCAUUUAUCAUGGAAACAUAUGGGACCUGUCGAGCCCAGGGCUGAUCAACUUUGGAAGAUUUGACACAGAGACGAUGGUGUACACGAUCCACGAGAUCCCCAUCUUCAUCGCCAUGGGCGUGGUGGGUGGUAUUCUUGGGGCCGUGUUCAAUGCCUUGAAUUACUGGCUGACGAUGUUUCGAAUCAGGUACAUCCACCGGCCCUGCCUCCAGGUGAUUGAGGCCAUGCUGGUGGCUGCCGUCACGGCCACGGUCGCCUUCGUGCUGAUUUACUCAUCGCGGGACUGCCAGCCCCUGCAGGGGAGCUCCGUGUCCUAUCCCCUCCAGCUUUUCUGUGCGGACGGUGAGUACAACUCCAUGGCCGCGGCCUUCUUCAACACCCCCGAGAAGAGCGUGGUCAGCCUUUUCCACGACCCACCAGGCUCCUACAACCCCGUGACGCUAGGUCUCUUCACCCUGGUCUACUUCUUCCUGGCCUGCUGGACCUACGGGCUCACGGUGUCCGCUGGUGUCUUCAUCCCGUCCCUGCUCAUCGGGGCCGCCUGGGGCCGGCUCUUCGGGAUCUCCCUGUCCUACGUCACCGGGGCCGCGAUCUGGGCGGAUCCUGGCAAAUACGCCCUGAUGGGAGCGGCCGCCCAGCUGGGUGGGAUCGUGAGGAUGACGCUCAGCCUGACAGUCAUCAUGAUGGAGGCCACCAGCAACGUGACCUAUGGCUUCCCCAUCAUGCUGGUCCUGAUGACUGCCAAGAUUGUGGGGGACAUCUUCAUCGAGGGCCUGUACGACAUGCACAUCCAGCUGCAGAGCGUGCCUUUCCUGCACUGGGAGGCCCCCGUCACCUCACAUUCGCUCACCGCCAGGGAGGUGAUGAGCACGCCGGUCGUCUGCCUGCGGAGGAGGGAGAAGGUGGGCGUCAUCGUGGACGUUCUCAGCAACACGGCCUCCAAUCACAACGGGUUCCCUGUGGUGGAGCUGGCCGACGACAGCCAGCCGGCCCGGCUUCAGGGCUUGAUCCUGCGCUCCCAGCUGAUCGUCCUCCUGAAGCACAAGGUGUUUGUGGAGCGCUCCAACAUGGGCCUGGUGCGGCGGCGGCUUCGGCUGAAGGACUUCCGGGACGCCUACCCACGCUUCCCCCCGAUCCAGUCCAUCCAUGUGUCCCAGGAUGAGCGGGAGUGCACCAUGGACCUCUCAGAGUUCAUGAACCCCUCCCCCUACACGGUGCCCCAGGAGGCGUCCCUCCCUCGGGUGUUCAAGCUGUUCCGGGCGCUGGGCCUCAGGCACCUGGUGGUGGUGGACAACUGCAACCAGGUGGUCGGACUGGUGACCAGGAAAGACCUAGCCAGGUACCGGCUCGGGAAAGGGGGCCUUGAAGAGCUCUCCCUGGCCCAGACGUGAGGCCUCAGCCCUUCUCUGGGCCCCCCCCGCCCCGCUCCCUGGAUCAGCACUGGAUCCGGCAUCCCCUACUCCUCGGGACGUGUGUGUCUGUGUUUGUGCGCCUGUGAGACCGUGAGCGAGCGGCACCCCGUGGGUCCCAGUGGUGCCAGCCCGCAGGCAGGGCCCUCUGCUGCUCGUGUGCCGUCUGUUCCCCUGCGGGCCGGCCUGGAAGGACCACACCGACUGUGCGUCACCAGCUGGGGCCCGGGUGACGCACAGCUGCUGCAGAGAUCGUGGCCUUGUCCCUUUGGCUCAUUCUGUGGCCGUGAGGUGAUGGGCCUGGGCACUGGAACCUGUCUGGCAAAGGCUCCAGCUGGACACCUGGAGGCGGGGCCCCGGGGAGCGGCCUCUGCAGCCAGCUCUGUAGGGAGUUAGGCUCUUUUGCCAGACUCACCACACGGCCUCUCUGGGGUCUUGGCCAGAGAGAAAGCCGAAAACAUCGAUGGGGUGAACGCCUCCGUCACCCCGAUGUGGUCCAGACCAGACCCACAGCUGUCGCCAGAGUGCACGGCACUGAGAGCUGCUAUCUAAGCCCGUGGGGGCUCCCUCUGGCCUCUGAGGACCCUUGGUCCGGGGCCGUGUUCCAGGACAGCUCCAGUUCCAGUCCUGGGGCAGGUGGGCUCUGGGAUGGGCAGGUGGGCUCUAGGAUGGGCAGGUGGGCUCUGGGAUGGGCUGGUGAGCCCAGAGCAGGAAUGCUGUGCCUCUGUUAGGCUAGAUGGGCCUGGAUCCGGUGUCCUGUGUCCCCAGAGCCCUAGGAAACCUUCUCUGGAGGUGAUUCCCUGGCCUACUUCUGAGACUAGGUGACGUGGGUGCCAUUGUAGCAGCUGGGGAUGGGGUGGGGGACGGUUCGCCUUGGUUCUGGCCCCUUAAAGGAAGUGGGUCCUCAAAACGCUGGUCCCUUCUUGGUGGGAGCCCCCCUGGGGGACGCGGUGAGAGGAGCGGGGGCUUUGAAAGGGAGAAAUAAAGGAAUCGUACCCUCACACUUGCAGCUUGGCUCCCUUGUUCCUGCUCAGCACCAGCCACAGUCUAGCAGUGGGGGAUUUGCAGGACCGCUGAGGGUGGGGGUAUCUGGGACGGGGCGUCUUGGAUGCGCAUGUGGGACCCCACAGGGAGGCGGGGAAGGCAAGAGACACAGAAACCCACGGGUGAGGAAGCAGUUGUGGCCGACAAACGCCCAUGGGAUGUGCUGGCACCAGCUGCCAGACAGCUUCAGGGCCAGUCUGGGCGGUUUGCUGCCCCUGGGCCCUUGGUCUGGAUGCUGCUCUGGGCCACGAGGGGGGUGAUGUGGCCACAGGCAGGGCCUCGAAAGGGCCCCGGACCACGGGUUGACUUCGGAGUGUCCACCUUGUGCCCUCUGUGGGUGGGCUUGGGCAACCGGGCAGGGGGAGCACCGUGCCGGGCUGGGAGGACCUGGCGGAGAGUGUGAACGACUGGGCAGGGGGAGCACAGAACUGGGCUUGGAGCACCUGGCGUGGGAGUGUGAGCGACCGGGCAGGGGGAGCACCGCGUCAGGCUGGGAGGACCUGGCGUGGGAGAGUGUGCAUGUCGUGGUUUGCGUUGACGGCAUGAACCGGCCGCACAUUCGUCACGUGGGAUUAAAUAAAAUGCACCAUGGAAACGCUG